AAGCAAUGGUGGCUCUAUAAAAUAUUUAAACUGAUUCAGAAACCCUAGCUCUAGGUUGGCGUGGGUGAGGUAGAACCCUUCCACUGUGGUGACUGCGCGAUGGGUGCCUACAAGUAUGUUUCAGAGUUAUGGCGCAAGAAGCAGUCUGAUGUCAUGCGCUUCUUGCAGCGUGUGAGGUGCUGGGAGUACAGGCAGCAACCUUCCAUUGUUCGUUUAACAAGGCCUACUCGCCCAGAUAAGGCUCGUCGCUUGGGCUAUAAGGCUAAGCAGGGUUAUGUGGUUUACCGUGUUCGUGUUCGGAGGGGUGGCCGCAAGAGACCAGUUCCCAAGGGUAUUGUUUAUGGGAAGCCAACAAACCAGGGUGUUACUCAAUUGAAAUUUCAGCGGAGCAAGAGGUCAGUUGCUGAGGAGCGAGCAGGACGGAAGCUGGGUGGACUUAGGGUCCUCAACUCUUAUUGGGUGAAUGAGGAUUCUACUUAUAAGUACUUUGAGGUAAUUCUGGUAGAUGUUGCUCAUACUGCUGUUAGAAAUGACCCGAGAAUCAACUGGCUCUGCAAUCCAGUGCAUAAGCACAGGGAGCUGCGUGGGCUCACCUCUGCUGGGAAAAGCAACAGGGGUUUACGGGGCAGAGGGCAUUUGUACCACAAAGCACGUCCAUCCCGCAGGGCAACCUGGAAGAGAAACAACACCCUGUCCCUUCGCCGUUACCGUUAAUUUUUCUGCUUUUGCUUCAUUUUCUGAAUACUACUUUGAGGACAUAGCAUUUGGUGUUUUGACUUUGAAAUUUGAGUUUUGAACGCAUGAAUCAUAUCUUUUGAAAUUAGUCGAAGAGUUUUUCUAAUGUUAAAUUUAAAGUUUAUAAUUGA